AUGAAAUCUUUUUGGACUAUAGUUCAUCGAGCUUAUGCAACGGCUUCUACACGUACAGCUUCGAAUCGGAUACUUUCCAGUCCGGUUCAUGGGCGUACUACACCUCCCAUAGUUUCUGCUAAUGAUGCCGUUUCUUCCAUACAAUCAAAUAGUGACAUUUACAUUCAUUCUCAUGCUUCUACUCCAACUGAACUAUUGGAAGCUUUGUGUCAGCAUGUUGAGAGUAAAAACUUGACAGAUAUUCGACCUAGCCAUAUCAUUCUGCAAGGAAAUAUUCCAUGGCUUCAAGAGAAGUUUUAUGGUAAAAUACGAUCCAACUGUCUCUUCAUCGAUGGCAUGUUGAGGAAGCUUGUGAACGCAGUUGAUGUUGCUCUCAUAAGUGUUAGCCCUCCUGAUGAACGCGGGUUUUGCACUAUGGGAGUCGAUGUCGACUGUUCUCUUGCAGCUGCUACUUCAGCCAAAAAGAUUAUCGCAAUCAUCAAUCCUAGUAUGCCUGCAACGUUCGGAGCUGGUCUUAUUCACUCAUCCCAUAUUGACUACUUUGUGGAAACUGAUAGACCUAUAUACGCGAAAGGCAAAGAAGAAGUUUCUAGCGAGAACGAGCGAAAGAUUGGAGAAAUUAUUGCUGAAAACUUGGUGGAGAACGGAGCAACACUCCAGCUGGGUAUUGGAGCUAUUCCUGAUUCAACCUUAGCAGCCAUGAAGAACCACAAAAAUCUCGGAGUACACACAGAAUUAGUCAGUGAUGGUGUGCUUGAUCUAAUAGAACUAGGUGUUAUUAACAAUUCCAAGAAAUCCAUAAUGCCAGGAAAGAUUGUCACGAGCUUCGCUUAUGGAACAGAAAAGUUUUACAAAGUUUUAGAUAGAAAUCCUAUAUUUCAUUUUGAAUCCUGUGCUUGGACUAAUCAUGUAGACAUAAUUAGACAGAACUCCAGAAUGACUUGUAUCAACUCAUGCUUAGAAAUAGACCUGACCGGACAGAUUGUUUCUGAUUCUAUAGGGAGCAAAUUCUAUUCAGGGUUCGGAGGACAAGUUGAUUUCAUUUUUGGUUCCUCAGUGGCUGUCGAUAAGAGAGGGAAAGCUAUCAUUGCUUUGACUUCGAGAACCAAUAAAGGAAAAUCAAAGAUUGUGCCUACUCUAGCUCAGGGAGCUGGUGUUGUCACAACCAGAGGACAUGUCAAUUAUGUCGUCACCGAGUAUGGUGUCGCUAAUCUUUGGGGAAAGAACGUUCGGGAGAGAGCGAGAGAACUAAUAAACAUAGCUCAUCCAGACGAUAGGGAAAAUCUCGAAAAAGAAGCUUACGAGAGGUUUAAAUGUAUUGUAUAA